AUGCCUAAAAAAGACCAAUGUCUUUUAUGUACCAAAUUCAAGCGUGCCAACGGCGAUGAAAAAGAUAAACUACAAAAAGAUUAUUAUAAACACAUACAAAGGAAGGAAACAUGUAAUCGGGAAAAACAAAACGAUAAACAAAGGGAUGAAAAAGAAACUGAUUUCUUAACAGUUUCGUUUGACUUACGAGCAAUAUUGCAAAUUCCCAGUACUGAUGUAGGUCUUCUCUAUUACACAAGAAAAUUGACAGUUAACAAUUUAACAAUUUACGAAAUAGCACUUGCCAAUGAAGCUUACUGUUUUGUUUGGAACGAAGUGCAUGGUAAAAAAGGCAGUGCUGAAAUCGGAACGAUUUUACAUCAUUACUUAACCACAUGCGUGCCAAAGGAGAUUAAAGAAGUCAGCUUGUUUUCAGACACGUGUGGUGGCCAAAACCGUAAUCAGUAUAUUGCCGCCAUACUAUUGUGGAUUAUGAUGCAGGACACACACCUAGACAUAAUAGAACACAAGUUCCUCGAAUCCGUUCACAGCUACAUGGAAGCUGACUCCAUGCACAGCGCUAUAGAAACUUCGAAGAAAAAUUGUGACAUCUACUGUAUGUCUGACUUGAUAAACGUUUUUAAACUGGCUAGGUCUUAA